AUGCCGCAUGUCGUUGGCUGGGGGCGUGCGGUGCGGGGCCAGCUUGGUCUCGACGACGAGUAUCGAGGCAGCCAUGCGGUCCCGCCGUCCCUCGCAUUCCGAAAGCUAUCAGAAGAGAACACUGUCGUCAUGGUUGCUUGCGGCGCCGACUUCACCAUCCUACUGCUCAAGUCUGGAGACGUCUUUGCCAGCGGCUGCAACCUCGCCGGCCAGCUGGGCAACUCUGCGGUGGGUGCAUUUAGUGCCAAGCCGGUGCCCGCACUGGCGGGAAGGGAUGCCCUCAAAGUGGCGUGCGGAGCACAACACGCGAGUGCCGUCACGCACACUGGAGAAGCAUUCCUGUGGGGGCUGAAUGACUCUGGUCAACUCGGUCUUGGACACCGCAAGCCGUGCCCGCAGCCGGUGUCGUUACCGCCUCCAAACCUGUUGAAGACGUGCGAUAGCUUCCCCCAGAGCGAAAACCGGCCGAUGCUUCCCAUGCUGACGAGAUCGAAGAGCUCCAUGCGCUUCAGCCUCGGGGAUGAGGCAUCGGGCAUUGACGGGGCGUGUGUGAUCGAGGACGCCGACGUCCUCCGCCGCAAGGUCCUCCAUGCGCGCGGCAGUUGGGCGGAGUUUGUCGCCGGCGUGGAGGACCGCACGUGGGGCUGGCGAGAGAUUGCCUGCGGCGCACAGCACACCGUCGCCACUUUCCGCUCCCACGACCAACGGGAGCUGCACGUGCUGGCAUGGGGAUCGGGUGCUGCCGGCUGCCUCGGCCACGGCGACCACGUCGACUCAAGCUCCCCCGUCGAGAUCGACGAGGUGACGCGGCAGCAGCUCGACGUCAUCCAGGUGUCCGCCGGCGCCAACCACAGCGCGCUCAUGUGCCGCAACUCGGAGGUAUGGACGUGGGGCUACUGCGCAGACAAUCGGCUCGGUCUAACAACCUCGAGCGUCGCCGCGAGCCAGGCUCAGCUCCGCAGGUUGUCUCUCCGACUGGCCCGAGGAGCGCCGCUCAGCUACUCUGACCUAGACGUCGUGGCCAAGCUGCGACCAGAAAAGGAGAAGGAGCAGGCUUGGGCGGGGGUGCUGACCCUUCUACGCUCUGGCGACGCGCUCUGCAGCCACGACCAGGCGAUGCUUUACGCGCGGGUCGAGGAGGCCCUCCUGGAGAAGGAAGUCUGUCUCGCGCCGGGCCAAUUCCGUUCGUCGGUCCCGCGCCGGGUUGCCGCGCUGCUCGGUGCGCCCAUUGUGCAGGUAAGCUGCGGGAGUGCGCACACUGUCGCCGUCGCUGCCAACGGCGAGGUCUGGGGCUGGGGUUCGUCUUGCUUCGGCCAGCUGGGGCGGCAGCGGAAGAGCCUCGAGCCCCAGGUCAUCCCUGCUCUCUCGCACCGUGAUGCGAUUGAGGCGGCGUGUGGAGCGCAUCACACCGCAGUCGUGACGCGAACCGGCGCCGUCUUGACCAUUGGUAUGAACCUCGAGAUCCAGUGCGGCUCCGAGGGCUCUCUAGGUCAGUCGAAGAGGAAGUCGCCGUCACGGUUGCGUGCCUUCGUCGACAAAGUCCACGGCUGCACGAGCGUUGCGUGCGGCGAUGCGCACACAGUUGUGCUCUCGUCGUCGCAAGAAGGGCCCCGCGCGGCGGCGCAAGAAGAUAACGGCGAGGCAGAUGCGCUCCUGCUCCCCCCGGGAGUUCAGCUGGUGCCACCGACGGGAUUGGGCAAGCCGCCACGGCUGCGCUACUCGCGGUCCCUGCCGACAUUGGUGACUCGCUCUCGUGAGAUGGAGUCUCUGAGCAAGGGGCCAGAGACCCCUCAGAGCAUGACAAGGGUCCGCCCAUCUGUAGCCGCUCUGCGCGGCCGCGCCGACCCCGUCACAGGAGGGCCCGAUGCGUCCUUUGCCGGUUCCAUCUCGUCUUGGCAAGAUUCCGGCCGGAGCGAGGCCUCGACGAGCGAGACGGCGAGCACCCUUGAGUGGACGCAGCUGGACAGGCUCGGGCUGCAAAACAGCAACGUCUACCUCUCGCCCGAACUCAAGCGGCGACACAGCUUUGUUCUUCUCUGA